AUGUUAUAUGAGUUCGCCCGCAAUGCGGCUAGGCGCGGAGCGGCGCGCCAGCAGGUGGUGCGCGGGCUGAUGGCGCGCCAGUCGGGCCCCGGCGGGGGCGGCGGCCAGGCGGCGGAGGGCGCCGUCGCGUGGCACGAGAGCCUGCUGCUGGCCGGCGCCGGGCUCGUGGCCGCCUGGCGCCAGAGACACCAAGGAGCCCGACUACCAGUACUAUGUUUCACAGGUGGCGGAGCCCGGCUGCGAAACCUGCUGCACGUGCACGCCUGCGUGGCAGACCUGCUGGUGUGUGGGGUGGCGGCGCCGCUUGCAGCCUGGGAGUCCCGGUGGUGGCUGCAUGAUCCUUCAGCCGCCGCAGCUGCUGACCUACCUCCACCACUGGUGCGGCGAGCCGUUGCCUUUGCUCAGCCGGCCAGUAUUUUUUGUCAGCUGCUGUGGAUGGGUCCCCCGCAGGGCGUGCCCGUGGCGGCGAGCACGCUGCUGCUGGCGAUGCUGGCAGCGGACCGGCUGGCGGCGGUGCGCCGGCCGCGGCUGUACGCGGCGUGGCGGCGGCUGGGGGCGCGCGUCGCGGCCGCCGCCUGGCUGGGGGCGGCGCUGUCGGCGGCGCCGCUGCUGGCGGUGGGCGCGCCGCCCGCCCCCGCGCCGGCCUGGCUGUCUCUGGCGCGCCUGCUGGCGGUGCACGCGCUGCCCUGCGCCGCCGUCGCCGCCUGCCACGCCGCCGUCUGCGCCACGCUGGGCCGCGCCUCGCUGCUGGCCGCCGCCGCCCGCGGGGAGGUGCCGCUGCCCAUGCCGCUGCUCUGCAGGCCCCGCCACGUCAUCAUCGUCGCCUCCGUCGCUAACGACGCGCCCUCCAAGGUGAUCCCAUUCGUGCGCGGCGACACGAUGAUGCGGCGGGUGGCGGGUGACGACUCGGACUCGGAGGACGACUCCCGCAUCCAGGCGGACCUGGCGGACCUGCGGAGGAGCAGCCGGCGCCGGGGGCCGCAGUCCCUGCGCAGCCGGAGGCGCCUGGCGCGCAUGCUGGCGGCGCAGCUGGCGCUGUUCGCGGGCUGCUGGCUGCCGCACGCGGCGGCGGCGGCAGUGGCGGCGGCGCACCUGGGGGCUCCGGGGGUGGCGGCGGGGGCGGCGCGUCGGUUGCUGCUGCUGGGCCACGCGCACUCUGCGGCGGCGCCGCUGCUCUACUGGGCGCUCAACCGGCGCGCGCUCGCCUGCGGCCACUGGGCGCCCCGGCUGCGCGCCGGCAGGACCCAGCAGCCGCCGCCGCCCUCCUCCACCAACGAGGCCGCGCUAGGGCCCUUCCACCCGCGCUUCAUCACGCCCAGGCCGCAGCCGCGCUGCGAGACCUCGCACUUCCUGCGAUAG